AUGCAACUCCGCGACCUUGUCACCGUCAUCAUUACGACCUCCGCUAUUCCGUCGAACCCAUCAACGUCAGUUCUGGAAGAGGUCUUGCAGAGCUUCUCCUUCGUGCCUGGAUUGAGCACAUGCGACACUAUUCUCACAUGCGACGGCUACGUACUGACAACAACGACCAAUCGCGAAUCCAAGUUUAAGUCCGUGCGCAUCAACGAGGACGAACUGGCCAACUACAUUGAAUACCAAACACAAGCUCGCUCUGUCUUUCGUCGGCACUUGGGCUACGCGGAAGAUGCGUCCGAUUUGAAUUGCUCCACUUCCACGUCGACGAUUCAUGUUGGGGCACGACUCAAAGCGGAAUGCACCAUCACAACUGAAGCUUUGGAUGGAAAGGCCUCGUUUCACGUCAUCACAUGCACCAAGCGUUUGGGAUUCGCUCUGGCUGUCCGUGAAGCCCUCAAACUGGUUACUACUCCGUACGUUUUGAUUCACCAGCACGACUGGACUUUUUUGCAUCCUGUCGACUUGACGUCGCUCUGUCACACCAUGAACGACUUCCCCAACACCCUUCACUACAUUGGGUUCUCGUCACGGAGGUCGUUGCGGCGAGCGCAGCGGCCAUUCCUUCCUCCUUCGAUCCCACAGAAAUUUGGGCCGCACCUGCUAGCGCCGCUUUACUUUUGGUACGACAAGCCACACGUCGGUCGUACGAGUCACUAUCGGUCGUUCGUGUUUGGUCGUGGGCGAUUCCAAGCUGGUGACUUUAUUGAAGACACGAUGGGCCAUGACAUGCUGGCCGAUUUAAAAGCCCGAGGAAUUCAAGGCCAUGCCGAUUACGGAACGUGGACGUUUGUUUACCAAGAUGGAGAAUGCGACGGCGGACAGGUCACACCCACGCUCCGCCAUCGCAGUGGUCGACAUUUCCGACAAACAGUGUUCAUGCGAACGUCCAAGAAGAAGAACAAGCAUUCUCAAACAUCGGAUGAGCGCCAAGCGCAUCUUUCCAGCGAUGACAGCGACGAUAGUGACUAG